AUGGAGACUUCUGAGGUUGAAGAAAGUUUGCUCUCCAUUGGUGACCCAAAGUUACAUGGUGAGAUGUGCAAGAGUCUAUGUGGAGUGUAUGUGAAAGUGUUGGGCAUAUUUCCUGAGCUUGAAGCAGCUAGACCCAGGAGCACGUCCGGCAUUCAGGCUCUAUGUGCCCUGCACAUUGCACUUGAGAAGACCAAGAAUAUUCUCCAACAUUGUGCCGAAUGCAGUAAACUUUACUUGGCAAUAACUGGAGAUUCUGUUGUUCUGAAAUUUGAGAAGGCCAGAUGUGCCCUGCAAGAUGGUUUGAUGCGUGUUGAAGAUAUUGUUCCACAGGCUAUCGGUAUUCAGAUUGCGGAGAUCCUAGUUGAGCUUGGGACUUUAGAGUUCUUACUAGAUCCGGCCGAGAAGCAAAUUGGGGAUGAGAUCAUCACCCUCCUUCAGCAAGGGGGAAACUUGAGCACCAGCUUGAAUGACAAUAACAAUGAGCUGGAGUGCUUCCACCAGGCGGCCUGCAAGAUUGGAAUUACCUCCUCGAGGGCUGCCCUCAGGGAGAGGAGGGCCCUGAAGAAGCUCGUGGACCGGGCCCGGGCGGAGGAGGACAAGCGUAAGGAGUCGAUCGUGGCCUACCUUCUCCACCUUAUCAACAAGUACUCGAAGCUGUUUAGGAGCGAGUACUCGGAUGACAAUGACUCCCAGGGUUCGACGCCGUGCUCGCCCACCGUGCAGCUCAAUGGCGGCUGCCUUUUUUUCGACCGCCAACUGUCCAAGCUUAGCUCCUUCAACUUCAAGCCCAACCUCAGAAGGUCCGGGCAAAUGCAAAUGCCGGUCCCUCCCGAGGAGCUGAGGUGCCCGAUAUCGAUGCAGCUCAUGUACGACCCGGUGAUCAUAGCCUCCGGGCAGACGUAUGAGAGAAUCUGCAUUGAGAAGUGGUUCCUGGACGGGCAUGACACCUGCCCCAAGACCCAGCAGCAGCUCCCUCACCUCUCCCUCACCCCGAACUACUGCGUGAAGGGCCUGGUGGGUGGGUGGUGCGAGCAGAAUGGGGUCCCCAUCCCGGAUGGCCCUCCCGAGUCGCUCGACCUCAACUACUGGAGACUGGUCCUCUCGGAAAGCGACUCGGCCAACUCAAAGUCGCGUAAGGUCGAGAGCAUCAAGGUGGUCCCCUUGGAUGAUAGUGGCAUCAUCGAGGAAGCAUGCUGUGUUUCUGGAGCGGAGGAUGAUGAACCUUGUGAAGGAUUUGACAAGUUGUUGGUGGUUUUGGAGAAGGAGGAAGAUCUGAUGAGGAAAUGCAAAGUGGUAGAGAACAUAAGACAGUUGCUGAAGGAUGAUGAGGAAGCGAGGAUUUAUGCUGGGACCAAUGGCUUUGUGGAGGCGCUGCUGAAGUUUCUGGAAUCUGCUGUCUGUGUCGGGAACAGAACGGCCCAGGAGUGUGGGGCCAUGGCUCUUUUCAACAUCGCUGUAAACAACAACAGAAACAAAGAAUUGAUGCUGGCCUUGGGUGUGCUCCCGAUACUGCACAAAAUGAGCGAUUCAUUAGGAGCAGCAACGGCCCUUUACCUAAACCUGUCGUGUCUGGACGAGGCCAAGUCGAUGAUUGGGAAUAGCGAAGCCGUCCCUUUCCUAAUUUGGGUCCUCAAGAAUGAAAGCAACGAGCAGUGCAAGCUGGAUGCCCUCCACACCCUAUACAACAUAUCUAGUGAGCCGGCUAGUAUUCCUCACCUCCUGUCGGCUGGCAUCAUUGACGCCCUCGGGACUGUGAUUACUGAAGAGAAAUGGAGAGAGAAGUGUAUUUCCGUCCUAAUCUACUUGAGCUCGAGUAAAAGCGCGCGGGACGAGAUCACGGGGGCUCCUCGCCUGAUAAGGGCUCUGGCGAACGUGCUGGACGUGGGGGAGCCCAUGGAGCAAGAGCAGGCGGCGGCCUGCCUUUUGACACUGUGCAAUUCGGACGACAAGUGCAGUGAGAUGGUGCUCCAGGAAGGGGUGAUACCCUCUCUGGUGUCCAUCUCUGUUAAUGGGACCAUGAGAGGGAAGCAAAAGGCACAGAAGCUUCUGAUGCUGUUCAGGGAGCAGAGGCAGCAGGACCCACCUGAGACCUGCAACCUUGUUGUGGUGGAGGAUCAGAGGCCGCUGUCAAAGUCCGUGUCCAGGCGUAAAGUGGGUAAAGCCUUUAGUUUCUGGCGCAAGAACAAGAGUUUUUCGGUGUACCACCAGUGCUGA